UUAUACCUCUGCAUGAUUUUCCUUUGUCAUUCCAUCUGCAUUUCUUCUCAAUAUUAGAUUUCUUUAUCAUAACACGGCUGCUUUAGUUCAGUUACUUAAGGCUUCCCAUUGUAUGUCUGUCUGCUUUGUUUUUCAGGAAGCCGUUGUAUGGAUUAUUUCAAUACAAUUCUAGUAUGAUCGGACUAGAAUCAUUAGCUGAUCCCACAGACACCUGGGAAAUUAUAGAAACUAUUGGAAAAGGCACUUAUGGUAAAGUCUAUAAGGUUGCCAAUAAGAAAGAUGGGAGUCUGGCAGCAGUAAAGAUUCUCGAUCCUAUUAGUGAUGUGGAUGAAGAAAUUGAAGCAGAAUAUAAUAUUUUGCAGUUUCUUCCCAAUCAUCCUAAUGUUGUUAGAUUUUAUGGGAUGUUCUACAAAGCAGAUAUAUAUGUGGGAGGACAGCUCUGGCUAGUACUUGAGCUGUGCAAUGGAGGGUCUGUCACAGAACUUGUCAAAGGUUUGCUGAAGUGUGGCCAACAAUUGGAUGAAGCUAUGAUCUCAUACAUCUUAUAUGGUGCUCUCUUGGGCCUUCAGCAUUUACACAAUAACCGGAUCAUUCAUCGAGAUGUCAAAGGGAACAACAUUCUUCUGACAACAGAAGGUGGAGUCAAGCUCGUUGACUUCGGUGUUUCAGCCCAGCUCACCAGCACACGGCUACGUAGAAACACCUCAGUGGGAACACCCUUCUGGAUGGCUCCUGAGGUCAUUGCUUGUGAACAGCAAUAUGACUACUCAUAUGAUGCUCGAUGUGACGUAUGGUCUUUGGGAAUAACAGCUAUUGAACUCGGUGAUGGAGACCCUCCUUUAUUUGACAUGCAUCCAGUGAAAACUCUUUUUAAAAUUCCAAGGUAUGACAGUAGAUGGCUCUCUUCGCUCGCUAGUUUGUUCUGAAGCACUAGUCAAAUGUGGAAGAAGUAUUAGGUAAACAUUUUUGGUUCAAAUCCUAAGAAUUUAUUAUAAGAAAACAGAUCAAAAAGUUGUACUGUUGUCUUUU